UGCUGUCUCACGCGCUGACGCAACCCAGAUGAAACGCAGGGUCCUUCAACGACGGCGACAGCCGCAAAAACGACGACGAGGACGACAAUCGUCGCGCACGCACCGGCGACGACAGAGCCACGACGAUGAUGCUUGAGCUCGGCCAGCCUCCGCCUCCCCUGCCGCAGCUGGGGCGCCUGCUGGCGGUGCGCACAAAUGGCUGGCGCGAGGGGCGCGCGGCCGGCCCAGCAACCGCCGGGCCGCUGCCCAGGGAGGCCUCUCGGGCGCCCUGGCCGGCCUCCCGGAAGGCCUUCUCGAGACGGCCCCAAGCCUUCCGUGAGCAGGGGCCGACCGGCCCAGCAUUCUUACAGGCCUGCCACGACACUUUCUCAGAACCACAGGCUGUUCAACCAGCAAAGGCGGAGAGAUUAGCACAUGAAGCCGAUGUAAGAACCGAACACGGUCUCAGCCAGAAAUGAUCGAAGAACAUGUCGUGCAAAGCAAACACGGUGCUAGCACAGCCGGUGGUGGUUGUAUAGGCAGGCCAGGGCGCUUCGCCACUGCUUGACAGAGGGCCCUCUCGAGACGGCCCCGCGCCUUCCCCCCGCGUGGGAACCUUGGCCGCCGCCGGCCGCGGCUGGGCCGCCGCCGACGAGCCCACGCGGCGCGGCGUCGCGAGCCCCCCGCGCCGUCAGGAGACGCUGUUCCCCUGCAGGGGGGCCUCCGCGAGCGAGACGGAGCCAUCGGUCGGCGCGUCGACGAUGGCAGCCGCCGAAAGGGCGCACCGCCCCUGGGCCCGCGCGAGCACCGCCCGCGCCGCGCAGCCCGCCGCAGCGCGCCGGCCACGGGCAGGAGCGCCACGGU